AUGGAUGAACUAGAAAUCAUUCUUCCUCAAGAAGCUGAUAUACCAACGUCCGAAAAUGAGGAAAUAAAUAUUCUGUUGCUUGGUGAGACAGGCGUAGGAAAGUCGACCUUUAUCAAUGCCUUCGUAAACUAUCUUAAAUUUGAUACGUUAUACGAUGCAAAGAACGAGGAAUUGGAGGUGUUAAUUACAUCAAAAUUCACCGUGACGGAUGAAAACUACGAAAUGAAAUCAAUCAAGAUUGGAGAUAAUGACCCAAAUGAACUAGCAGACGAUAAGGGAACGUCAUCCACGCAAGGUUGUAUUGAUUAUGAAUUCGCGAUGGGGAACAACGCAUUAGUCCGCUUAAUUGACACGCCUGGAAUAGGAGAUACUAGAGGAAUAGACAAAGACAAAGAAAAUUUUGAAAAUAUUUUGAAGUAUAUUGCCCGAUACAAGCAUCUGAAUGGUAUCUGUAUAUUUCUCAAGCCAAAUAGUGCGCGACUAACUGUUGUGUUUAGGUUUUGCAUACAAGAGCUGUUAUCCCAUCUACAUAGGAGUGCCAAGGACAACAUUGUCUUUUGCUUUACCAAUUCCAGAACGACGUUCUAUCGUCCGGGAGAGACGCUUGUACCGCUCAGGGAACAGCUCGAUGAGCUUAGGAAAAGAUCUGGCAUUGAAAUAAAAAUCGACCGAGACACAAUGUAUUGUUUUGACAAUGAAGCGUUUAGAUUUUUAGCGGCUAUUAGAGGAGGUAUAAAAUUUAAUGAUGACGAUGAAAAAAGCUUUGCAGAAAGCUGGAGAAUAUCAGCUGAAGAAUCAUCAAGACUCAUUCAGCAUGUAAGAUCACGUCAACGACAUGAAGUACAAGACACUUUAUCUCUCAACAAUGCUCGAAAUAUGGUAGUGGAACUUUCAAAACCUCUUGCAGGGAUUGAACAAGUUAUCCAGAUAAACCUUAGCCUAAUCAAAAGUCAACAGGACGACAUAAAAAACUGCAGCAAAAACAUAGAAGACUUGAAAAAAGACUUGUACAUUCCACAAGUGGAUCUCGAGGCAGAGGAAUUGCAAUAUCCGCAAACUGUGUGUACCAGCCAAAGUUGUGUCGAUGUCUUGACUACUGGAGAAGAUAAAGUGAAAAAGUUUCACUACAAGACACAAUGUCAUUCACGCUGUUAUUUAACAAAUGUCACAUGCAAUGUGGUGAACAAUGAAGCCUUGAGACACUGUUCAGCCAUGGGGCCAAAGGGAACCUGUCAGCAUUGUGGUUGCCUCUGGAACGCCCAUAUGCAUAUUACCUAUGAUCUUAAAGUUGUAGAAAAAAAGGUUGUGGACCCAAACAUCGAAAUGCGAAUCAGUAAGACCAAGUCAUUUCAAGAAACAAAAGCAGCGCUAUUGGCAGACAAACAAAAUAGGACGGAACUACUGAGAAAAGAACAGCAUACAAUAAACAGUAUUAACAUUCAGUUUGCAAAAUUUCUAAGACAAAGUGCGAUUGCUCCAUUCAAUGAUGCAUAUGCUGACUACUUGGAUCAUUUUAUAAACCAGGAGAAAAUCAAGAAGGCUGAUGAUCUCUUUAAUUACAAUAAUGAGAUUCUCGACGGGCUCGAAGACACAAAGAGAGUGUAUCUAACGAAGAUAGAAAGUAUUAAAAAAGCAAUUGAGAAUGGUGAUUCUUCUGAACAAUCGAUCUCGCCAGAAGACAUAGAAAGGCUUGCACAACAGUUGUAUUCGCUAGAACUCACUGGUAACACCCUGAAAAAAAUAAACGAUAUAGUAGUAAGCAGUCAAGCUUCUGCGUUCUUUAAUGAAAGAAAUAAUAGCUCAAUGAGGAGGAAGAGAAUGUUUUUUGCAAAGCGGGCACGAGGCAAUCGCUAUUUGCCCCAAAAAAUUUACCAAGCGCUGUCUUCAAUUUGGAAGUGA